AUGGCCAGACCCUGUGACUUCCUGAUGGUCCUGGUGCUGAUGAGCUGCUGGUCAACCUGCUCUCUGGGAUGUGACCUGAGUCAGACUGACAAAAUCAUGAACGAGACUCUCUCGAUACUCCUGGCACAAAAGAAGCAAUUCUCUCUUCCCUGUUGGAAGGAGACAAAGAACUUUCUCUGUCCCCUGGAGGAGAUGGAUGCCCAGCAGAUCCAGAAGCCUCAAGUGAUCCAGGUACUGGAUGACAUGACCCAGCAGAGCCUGACGCUCUUCUGCCUAAAUAAGGCAUCUGCUGCAUGGGAGACAACACUCCUAGAGACAUUCUGUAAUGGCCUUUACGAUCAGCUCAGGGAGCUGCAGUCCUGUCGGAUGCAGCACGUGGGGAUGCAGGAAAUCCCUGUGAAGAAAUAUUUCGAGAGGAUCACUGCCUACCUGAGGAAGAAGAAACACAGCCCCUGUGCUUGGAUGGUGGUCAGAGCAGAAGUCUGGAGAGCCUGGUCUUUCUCAGCCAACUUGCGAAAAAGUUUGAACAAGGAGAAUGAGUAA